UUCUUGGAUAAUAAUACAAACUGUAAGUUGAGUGGAUGAAGAAGAUUCUAAAUUAAUAUUUAUUAUUGUGAUAUUACGAAAAAUCAGUGAUUUAACUUGUUGACUGGUAUAUGCAUGAUAGGUUACCGAUAGGUACCCGAUAUGUGACUAAUUGGUAUAUUUAAGUAGGGUUUUGUAUUAUUUAAAGCAAUAAAGAGUUUAACUUGCAGUGUAAUUCUAGUAUAAAUGUAUAAAUGCAUUUUAUAAAUUAUAAUAACCCGGAUUGAUAUGUUGGGGUUAAAAUCCAUGGUUCAAUCAGAAUUUGUUGUUGUAAUCAAGCGAUUGAUCACAUGAUUUCAGUAUUUAUAUUUCGCACUUUGUUUAUUUUUUUUUUUCCUUUCGUAAAAACCUUUCUCUUAAACUUUUUAUUUAAAACAAACUCUUUACUUAGUUAUUAUGAAAUAAUAAUAUUAUUAUAUUUUUUUAUUUAUUUUUAUAUUAGAAAUAAACAUAAAGAUAAUUUUAUUAUCAUUGCUACUUUCAGUAGAACUUUACAUAUUACAUAGUAUAAUUAUUUAUUUUUAAUGUUCAACUUUAUUUGAUUUUACGUAUGUAGUA